AAAUUUGCCACUUGAAAGCUUUUAGAUUUUUCUACAAUAAACCUCAAGUAGGUGCAGUUAUUUAAAUAUUCACAUGCGAAAUUAAAAUGUUGACUCAGUUGUGUACGAAAUUUAGUUCCGUUCAGUUCAUAGUUUACAAUGAAAUCUAUUACAAAAAGGAAAUUUUUUAAAUUUCUCUCAAGAAUUUCCACAAUUCAUGGAUUAAAUUACAUUAGUGAUCGAAAGACAUCAAAAAAGUCGAAAAUAUUUUGGAUAACCGCGUUUAUUUUGUCAUUUUUGGGAUGCUUUUUCUUCUUUUUGCAGGUUUAUGAAAAAGUUUUUGUGGUGCCGGAUAUGUCAGCAAAAAUUACGUAUGAACCAUUUGUAUUGCAUCCAUUUCCAGCGAUUACAAUUUGUCCUUAUAAUAAGCUGCCAUACAAAGCAUCAAAAAUUGCUGAUCUUUUGGAGAAACUAGAUUCAUCAGAAUUGACAGCAGAUGAAGAACUUCAGCUUGAAAUCUCAUCUCAAACUUGUCAGAAAAUGACUUACAAUUCUGAAAAUAUAGUCUCAAACUUUUCAGAAAUCAACAUUGUGGAUUAUUUAUCAAAAAUUCAAUUCAACAAAUCCGAAAUUAUUCCAAAAUUUAUUCUCGGCGACCACAUAAACCAAACUGACCCAUUUUUGACACGAGUCUUCACAUGUAAUGGAUUUUGUGUCACUUUUAACCAACUUGAUUUUGAUGAAAUUUUUACCAACGAAAUUCACGAUGAUUUUAAGGUUUACAGUCAUGGAAGGAAGUCCAAUUGGACAUUGGCUAAUGGAUACACUUACCCUGAUGAACCUGGCUUGUAUCCAAUUCAAAUGUCAUUCUCAUCAUCAAACACAUUUAAUGCAAUUCUGAUUCAAAAUAAAAUGAACAUUGACGAACAAUGUCGGCCAUUUCGACGCGGAUUUGAAAUUUACUUCCACUUACCAAAUGAAAUAUUGACUCCAUUUGCACCGUCAAUAAAUUUAAAUAACAUCAAUAAAGACAAUUUAAUUCAAUUUAAAGCAGAAAGCUUUGAAAUGUCAUCGGACAUGAAGACAUACAGCGUCGAGGCUCGUCAGUGCUAUUUUUAUGCAGAAAGAAAUUUACAAUUUUUCAAGUCGUACACCGAGAACAACUGUCAAAUUGAAUGCUUGUCUAAUAAAACUAUAGAACAAUGUGGAUGUGCCAAGUAUCAUAUGCCACGUGGCAAAGAUACAAGAAUUUGCAUGGGAAAUGAUUCAGUUUGUGUCUCAAAAGUUGAUGCUGAUCAUGAUUUAAAAAUUGAUUAUUAUUCAUGUGAUUGCUAUCCACCUUGUACAGACCUUAAGUAUGAGCUAUUCUCAUGGACUGAUGCUGAUCUUGAUGAUGGUUUUAGUCUUGGAGAUCAUUUUAAUUUAGAUGAUUUGAACAAUGUUUCAGAUAGAAAAAUCACAACUUUAAUUACAAUUAAAAAUGCCAUUACUCCACUCCUUCUACGAACAAGCUUCUCAGCAUAUCAAAUGCAGCAAUUUAUCUCAGAUUUUGGCGGUUUAUUGAGUCUGGCAAUGGGAUGUUCAAUUCUGUCGAUUGUUGAGCUCAUUUACAAUGCUUUUAAUAUUAAAAAUGAGCCGGAUGACGAGGAUGACGACGAAGAAAAUUUAAAAAAUUGUAAAACAAAUUAA